AGAAUGCCAGACUCAUUGCCUCAGUCUGGGUACCUAACUACUUCAAACUCUCUCUCUCUCUCUCUUUUCUUUUCUCGUUGAACCAAUGGUCUUGUUAGUGAAGAAAGAAUCCUUGUAGGGAUAUCUCUUGAAAGCCUUCACCACUGGAAACUUUUCAAACCAAACCACUUUAGCUGUUUUAUGUUCUGCAAAAAUCUCUUCUCCCCCUUCACUAUCUGUCCUGUCAAACUAUCCUCUCAUGUUACUCCUCCUCUUCAUCGCAUGAAAUAUUCUUCUUCUUUUUCCUCUUCCUGAUCCACGCUUUUUCUAGUUUGCAACACUUCAAAAACAUUCAUAUCCUUCUUCAGCAUUUGUGAGCAAGUCAGAGAACAUGAAGGCGUGGCCUGCUAGUGUUGUAUACUCCUCACAAGAAAACCUCACUCGAUACGCUUCUUCUUCUUCCUACUCUUCUUCCCCUCCCUCGAUGGGAAUGGUCUAUGCUGACAUGGAUUCUCUUUCUCUUUGCUCUAACUAUGGUGUCGUUUCGUCUCAUCAAGAUUGUUAUGUCUCCAACGGCGGCGGCUCAAACUGGGGUUUGCCCUUUAUGAGGGAAUUCCUUGGGAGGAACUUUGAGGAACAGCCCAACAGUGAUGGGGCGGAAGAGGGUAAAGGGUCUGAUAGCAGUGACGAUGGUGGUGGGGAAGACAGUGACAAAGUUAACCAUAAUGCUAAUAACUUUAACGAAGAGAACCUUAAUGAGAAUUCUAAUAGUGGUUCGGGGCAUUCCAAGCUCUGUGCAAGGGGGCAUUGGAGACCGGCAGAAGAUUCCAAGCUCAAGGAGCUUGUGGCUCUCUACGGCCCUCAGAACUGGAACCUCAUAGCCGAAAAGUUAGAAGGAAGAUCAGGAAAGAGUUGUAGGCUGAGAUGGUUCAACCAGUUGGACCCGAGAAUCAAUAGGAGAGCUUUCAGUGAAGAAGAGGAAGAGAGACUAAUGCAGGCACAUAGGAUUUAUGGCAACAAAUGGGCCAUGAUUGCUAGGCUUUUCCCUGGAAGAACAGAUAAUGCAGUGAAGAAUCACUGGCACGUUAUAAUGGCCAGGAAGUACAGAGAACAGUCCAGUGCUUACAGGAGGAGGAGGCUGAGCCAAUCUGUUUACAGGAGAGUGGAGGAAAACACAACAAGCAGCAAUGUCUCUAGAGACACAGCCACUGCAGGGACAGAACCACCACCACCACCCUAUUGUCUCAGUCUCCCUAACGGAGGACUUGCUAACAACAACAUGCCGAGUUUCCCAUAUGCCGCUGCACCCUUCCAUGGAGUAGCUGCUCCUCCUGGUGGUGGUGGUGGGGUUGAGUAUGGCUUAAAUGGCUCACCCCACAUGGCUGCUUCCAAAGAAGCAAUCUCAACCACCAAGCUGGCCCCUCCUCACAUUGCCAUGUAUCCUCAACAAACACCGCUUGAUUUCUUUUCAGGUGGUAGAAGCAAUGACAUGGUGGGAGAGUAUUUUGGCCAGAACCAUCAGCAACCGUCUGGUUUUUACUCUCAUUACCCCCAAUAUCUGAUGCUAAUGCAACAACACCAAAACAAUCACAACUUUUACGGUUUCUCAAAUUCCACAGCACAGAUACUGGGCAGUGAAGCUUCACUAUCAUCAGUGGCAGAACACAGAGAUCAAGCCAUGAGCAGUGACCCCCCAGAUGCAAUUCCUCCGCCAUUUAUUGACUUCCUUGGAGUAGGAGCCACAUGAUCAAAGUUAGAACCGAACAAAAAGCUGCAGCCUUCCCCGGAAGCUCCUCAAUAUGGGUGUGGUCCAACAUUACUGAGAAGCCAUUCGAGGUAAACAGAAAGGAUAGUUGCUUCAGUUUGGUGACUGUGAUCCUUGCGUCACUGCUGUUGAGAAUCACACUUCACACCUAUCUCUGUUGUGAUCUCCUUUCUUUUUUAUCACAUGGGGACCCUUUUCAAUAAUAAUAAUGAUAAUAAUAAUAAUAACAAUAAUAUAAUUAAAUUUGAUUACUAUAACCAUUCUCUAUUCAUUUUCAUCUUCAUGCUCUAUCUUUCCUUUUAGUUUUUGGCGCUUUCUAUAUUAACAAUCCCAUGGGUUAAAUUUGUCGACCAGCCAAAUGAAGAUUGAAACGGAUGAUUUGGAUAUUAAAUGUGUCCGAGACAUUCGUUUGUUACUUAGAAUAUAUGGCUAAGAAUAGGAAGGUACUAAUUAAAACAAAUUGGGAGACAGAAGG